AAGGUGGCGGUAGUGAACACUGAGGCCAUUCUGAGCUGAAGGAGAAAAACAACAAAAACAGCCACAAGAAAAUCACCAAAACCAAGAUGGCGGUACAGGAGACAGCAGCUCAGCUGUCCAUGGCUCUAAAGGUUCAAGAAUACCCCACCUUGAAGGUGCCGUACGAGACCCUGAACAAACGGUUCAGAGCAGCUCAGAAGAACAUCGACCGGGAGACGAGUCACGUCACCAUGGUGGUUGCAGAGCUGGAGAAGACUCUCAGCAGCUUCCCGGUGGUUGACUCGGUGGUGUCGCUGCUGGAUGGAGUGGUGGAGAAGCUCAGCGCCCUGAAGAGGAAGGCUGCAGAGUCGAUUCAGGCCGAGGACGAGAGCGCUAAGCUCUGUAAGCGUCGCAUCGAGCACCUGAAGGAGCACAGCAGCGAUCAGCCGGGUUCUGUCAACCUGUGGAAGAAGAAACGCAUGGACCGCAUGAUGGUGGAGCAUCUGCUGCGCUGCGGCUACUACAACACAGCUGUCAAACUGGCCAGACAGAGCGGUAUAGAGGAUCUGGUGAACAUCGAGAUGUUCCUCACAGCAAAGGAGGUGGAGGAGUCUUUGGAGAGGCAAGAGACAGCCACUUGCUUAGCCUGGUGCCAUGACAACAAGUCCCGCCUCCGCAAGAUGAAGAGCUGCCUGGAGUUUAGUCUGAGAAUUCAGGAGUUUAUUGAGCUCAUCAGACAAAACAAGCGCAUGGAUGCAGUGCGACAUGCAAGGAAGCACUUCAGCCAAGCAGAAGGAGGACAGCUGGAUGAGGUUCGGCAGGUGAUGGGCAUGCUGGCCUUCCCAUCAGAUACACACAUCUCCCCAUAUAAGGAUCUUUUGGAUCCAGCUCGCUGGAAGAUGCUGAUCCAGCAGUUCCGAUACGACAACUACAGACUUCACCAGCUGGGAAACAACUCGGUCUUCACCAUCACCCUGCAGGCUGGACUGUCAGCCAUCAAGACACCUCAAUGCUACAAGGAGGACGGCUCCUCCAAAAACCCAGACUGCCCCGUCUGCAGUAAAUCUCUUAAUAAACUGGCCCAGCCGCUACCUAUGGCUCACUGUGCCAACUCCAGACUGGUCUGUAAGAUCUCUGGGGAGGUCAUGAAUGAGAACAACCCUCCAAUGAUGCUGCCUAAUGGAUAUGUCUACGGCUACAACUCCUUGCUGUCCAUCCGCCAAGACGACAAAGUGGUGUGUCCUAGAACCAAAGAGGUCUUCAGCUUCUCUCAGGCAGAGAAGGUCUACAUCAUGUGAUCACUCAGAUGGAACUUCUUAGAGUUGACAAGAUCAAGUCAUGGCCCUGUCCUCCAUCAGUGGUGACUGGGCCUACUCAGAACCACCAGUGGAGCUGUGACCCAGUGCCCGUCAUGCCCCUUCACCCCCCUGUUCCAAUAGAUAAUCAAGUCCUCCCACCUUUAUCUCAGAAACUGGGCUCUUCUUUCAGACUGUUUAGAUGUGAGUAGGAGUUGUUUGACCUGAUCCAUUCAAGCACAUGGACUAUCAACAUUUUCAUUAUCUUCAAGGCCUUUACUCUGAGUAUUAGAGUCUAGAGGAAAGGACUGAGUGAAAACUGUUAGCUAGAUGUUUGAUUUUACUACAACAAAUAAAAAAGAACUUGUAAAGGA